AUAAUUAUAUUAUAAUAUGUCCGAAAGCAGCGCCGAUGGUGACGAAAUCACUUGAAUCAGUACCGGUAUAUCCACUGUAGCAACAACAGUCGGUAUCAGUAGCUCCCUGUCUUCCGGCUCGGUGCGUGUUUGGCAGGGCCAAUAGCCUAUGCUCCUGUCCUGAUCCGACAAUGCCAAACCUGGACGCCGUUGCCGUAGCGGGUCUUCUUCGUGCUGGCGGCGAGAAUGUCCCAUUACCUCAACUUCUCGAGGACCCAGAGUUGCUGGCAGUCACGAACAAAGUGACCACGAAACUCGACGAGGAUUUCUUCCGCCGACGCCCUCACUUGUUUUCGUGUUCGCCGAUAUCAUCCGGCACUGACAGCAUCUUGUCCCUAAGCCUGCCGGAGACGAACAAUAGCUUCAAUUCUCUUGAGCAAGCCUGUGUGACCACACUGCAGCGACGCAAGGGCUUCAAGUCGGUGUUAGGGUCGCUCCUCUGCGGCAAGAGUCUGCAACAACAUGUCAGCGACAGCACAGCGGGGGAUAUUCGAAUAUCCAAGGCGUUCUUCAAGGCCCGGCCCGACAUGUUCGAGGUCAUUGAACGCGGCUCGACAGUUGAAGUACUGCUAGCACAGAAAUAUCGACAGAAGCUCGUGAGUGCCGCUAGCAGCAUGACUAGUGACCGGGAUAGUGACGGCGAGUAUGAGACUGAGGAACAGCCCGCCCAAGACCUACCCGUACCCACGCAUUGCAGCCAAGCAGCAGUGAGUGUCAAGCGCGACGAGACAGAAACGGGUGCGUCUCGCGGAACGCCAUUGGGCGACGAUGAAAUGGCUGCCGCAUGGCAAGAAGAACUAGCAGGGGCUGAUGAGUUACAUGACAACAACAAUGGUGAUGAUACGCGUGAUGACGACGAUCAUACAAACAGUAAUAAUAUCCGUGCUGCCAAUGUCACACCACAGGACAUGUCCUGGAGCUGUCAGCUUCAAAGCAGAGUGACCAGUUCAAUAGACCACCAUCAGUACCCGUCCUGUCAGCAGCCACAAGCCACUGCAGUGGAAUCGUCAGUGCAUCAGCCACACGCCACUGCAGCAGAAUCACCAGUGGAUCAGCCGCAGGCCACUGCAGCAGAAUCCUCAAUGCAUCAGCCCCAAGCCACUGCAGCUGAAUCAUCAGUGGAUCAGCUGCAAGCUACUGCAGUGGAAUCACCAGUGGAUCAGCUGCAAGCCACUCCAAUGGAAUCACCAGUGCAUCAGCCACAAGCUACUGCAGCAGAAUCACCAGUGGAUCAGCCACGAGCCACUGCAGGGGAAUCAUCAGUGGAUCAGCCACAAGCCACUGCAGCAGAAUCACCAGUGGAUCAGCCGCAAGCCACUCCAGCGGAAUCACCAGUGGAUCAGCCGCAAGCCACUCCAGCGAUAUCGUCAGUGGAUCAGCCGCAAGCCACUGCAGCGGAAUCGUCAGUGGAUCAGCCGCAAGCCACUGCAGCGGAAUCGUCGGAGUCGUCAGUGGAUCAGCCGCAAGCCUCUGCAGUGGAAUCGUCAGUGGAUCAGCCGCAAGCCACUCCAGCGGAAUCGCCAGUGGAUCAGCGGAAAGCCGCUCCAGCGGAAUCGUCAGUGGAUCAGCCGCAAGCCGCUCCAGCGGAAUCGUCAGUGGAUCAGCCGCAAGCCACUGCAGCGGAAUCGUCAGUGGAUCAGCCGCAAGCCACUGCAGCGGAAGCACCAGUGGAUCAGCCGCAAGCCACUGCAGGGGAAUCGCCAGUGGAUCAGCCGCAAGCCACUGCAGCGGAAUCGUCAGUGCAUCAGCCAAACGCCACUGCAGCCGAAUCACCAGUGGAUCAGCCGCAGGCCACUGCAGUGGAAUCGUCAGUGCAUCAGCCGCAAGCCACUGCAGCGGAAUUGUCAAUGGAUCAGCCGCAAGCUACUGCAGCGGAAUCAGCCAUGGAUCAGCCGCAAGCCACUGCAACGGAAUUGUCAGUGGAUCAGCCGCAAGGUACUGCAGGGGAAUCAUCAGUGGAUCAGGUGCAAGCUACUGCAGCGCAAUCACCAGUGGAUCAGGCGCAAGCUACUGCAGCGGAAUCACCAGUGGAUCAGGCGCAAGCUACUGCAGCGGAAUCACCAGUGGAUCAGGCGCUAGCUACUGCAGUGGAAUCACCAGUGGAUCAGCCGCAAGCUACUGCAGCGGAAUCACCAGUGGAUCAGCUGCAAGCUACUUUAGCCGAAUCACCAGUGGAUCAGGCGCAAGCUACUGCAGCAGAAUCGCCAGUGGAUCAGCCGCAAGCUACUGCAGCAGAAUCGCCAGUGGAUCAGCCGCAAGCUACUGCAGCAGAAUCACCAGUGGAUCAGCCACAAGCCACUGCAGGGGAAUCGUCAGUGGAUCAGGCGCAAGGUACUGCAGCAGAAUCACCAGUGGAUCAGGCGCAAGCUACUGCAGUGGAAUCACCAGUGGAUCAGGCGCAAGCUACUGCAGCAGAAUCACCAGUGGAUCAGCCACAAGCCACUGCAGGGGAAUCGUCAGUGGAUCAGGCGCAAGGUACUGCAGCGGAAUCACCAGUGGAUCAGGCGCAAGCUGCUGCAGUGGAAUCGUCGGAGUCGUCAGUGGAUCAGCCGCAAGCCUCUGCAGUGGAAUCGUCAGUGGAUCAGCCGCAAGCCACUCCAGCGGAAUCGCCAGUGGAUCAGCGGAAAGCCGCUCCAGCGGAAUCGUCAGUGGAUCAGCCGCAAGCCGCUCCAGCGGAAUCGUCAGUGGAUCAGCCGCAAGCCACUGCAGCGGAAUCGUCAGUGGAUCAGCCGCAAGCCACUGCAGCGGAAGCACCAGUGGAUCAGCCGCAAGCCACUGCAGGGGAAUCGCCAGUGGAUCAGCCGCAAGCCACUGCAGCGGAAUCGUCAGUGCAUCAGCCAAACGCCACUGCAGCCGAAUCACCAGUGGAUCAGCCGCAGGCCACUGCAGUGGAAUCGUCAGUGCAUCAGCCGCAAGCCACUGCAGCGGAAUUGUCAAUGGAUCAGCCGCAAGCUACUGCAGCGGAAUCAGCCAUGGAUCAGCCGCAAGCCACUGCAACGGAAUUGUCAGUGGAUCAGCCGCAAGGUACUGCAGGGGAAUCAUCAGUGGAUCAGGUGCAAGCUACUGCAGCGCAAUCACCAGUGGAUCAGGCGCAAGCUACUGCAGCGGAAUCACCAGUGGAUCAGGCGCAAGCUACUGCAGCGGAAUCACCAGUGGAUCAGGCGCUAGCUACUGCAGUGGAAUCACCAGUGGAUCAGCCGCAAGCUACUGCAGCGGAAUCACCAGUGGAUCAGCUGCAAGCUACUUUAGCCGAAUCACCAGUGGAUCAGGCGCAAGCUACUGCAGCAGAAUCGCCAGUGGAUCAGCCGCAAGCUACUGCAGCAGAAUCGCCAGUGGAUCAGCCGCAAGCUACUGCAGCAGAAUCACCAGUGGAUCAGCCACAAGCCACUGCAGGGGAAUCGUCAGUGGAUCAGGCGCAAGGUACUGCAGCGGAAUCACCAGUGGAUCAGGCGCAAGCUACUGCAGUGGAAUCACCAGUGGAUCAGGCGCAAGCUACUGCAGCAGAAUCACCAGUGGAUCAGCCACAGGCCACUGCAGGGGAAUCGUCAGUGGAUCAGGCGCAAGGUACUGCAGCGGAAUCACCAGUGGAUCAGGCGCAAGCUGCUGCAGUGGAAUCACCAGUGGAUCAGGCGCAAGCUACGGCAGCGGAAUCACCAGUGAAUCAGGCGCAAGCUACUGGAGCGGAAUCACCAGUGGAUCAGCCACAAGCCACUGCAGGGAAAUCGUCAGUGGAUCAGCCGCAAGCCACUGCAGCGGAAUCACCAGUGGAUCAGCCACAAGCCACUGCAGGGGAAUCGUCAGUGGAUCAGCUGAAAGCCACUCCAGGGGAAUCGUCAGUGGAUCAGCCGCAAGCCAUUGCAGCAGAAUCACCAGUGUAUCAGCCGCAAGCCACUGCAGGGGAAUUACCAGUGGAGCAGCCGCAAGCCACUCCAGCGGAAUCGCCAGUGGAUCAGCCGCAAGCCACUCCAGCGGAAUCGUCAGUGCAUCAGCCGCAAGCCACUGCUACGGAAUCACCAGAGAAUCAGCUACAAGCUACUGCAACGGAAUCACCAGUGGAUCCGCCACAAGCCACUGCAGGGGAAUCGCCAGUGGAUCAGCUGCAAGCCACUGCAGCGGAAUCGUCAGUGCAUCAGCCGCAAGCCACUGCAGCAGAAUUGUCAGUGGAUCAGCCGCAAGCUACUGCAGCUGAAUCACCCGUGGAUCAGCCGCAAGCCACUGCAACGGAAUUUUCAGUGGAUCAGGCGCAAGCUACUGCAGCAGAAUCACCAGUGGAUCAGCCACAAGCCACUGCAGGGGAAUCGUCAGUGGAUCAGGCGCAAGGUACUGCAGCGGAAUCACCAGUGGAUCAGGCGCAAGCUACUGCAGUGGAAUCACCAGUGGAUCAGGCGCAAGCUACUGCAGCAGAAUCACCAGUGGAUCAGCCACAAGGUACUGCAGCGGAAUCACCAGUGGAUCAGGCACAAGGUACUGCAGCGGAAUCACCAGUGGAUCAGGUGCAAGCUACUGCAGCGGAAUCACCAGUGGAUCAGGCGCAAGCUACUGCAGCGGAAUCGCCAGUGGAUCAGCCGCAAGCUACUGCAGGAGAAUCACCAGUGGAUCAGCUACAAGCCACUGCAGGGGAAUCGUCAGUGGAUCAGCCGCAAGGUACUGCAGCGGAAUUAUCAGUGGAUCAGGCACAAGCUACUGCAGCGGAAUCACCAGUGGAUCAGGCGCAAGCUACUGCAGCGGAAUUACCAGUGGAUCAGGCGCAAGCUACUGCUGCGGAAUCACCAGUGGAUCAGCCGCAAGCCACUGCAGGGAAAUCGUCAGUGGAUCAGCCGCAAGCCACUGCAGGGAAAUCACCAGUGGAUCAGUCGCAAGUCACUCCAGCGGAAUCACCAGUGGAUCAGGCACAAGCCACUGCAGGGGAAUCGUCAGUGGAUCAGCUGAAAGCCACUCCAGGGGAAUCGUCAGUAGAUCAGCCGCAAGCCACUCCAGUGGAAUCGUCAGUGUAUGAGGCGCAAGCCACUACAGCGCAAUCGUCAGUGCAUCAGCCGCAACCCACAGCAGCGGAAUCACCAGUGGAUCAGCCGCAAGCUACUGCAACGGAAACAUCAGUGGAUCAGCCGCAAGCCACUGCAGCGGCAUCGUCAGUGUAUCAGACGCAAGCCACAGCAGCAGAAUCACCAGUGGAUCAGCCGCAAGCUACUGCAACGGAUUCGCCAGUGCAUCAGGCGCAAGCCACCGCAGGGGAAUCGUCAGUGGAUCAGCCGCAAGCCACAGCAGCUGCAUCGACAGUGCAUUGGCAGCAACAAACCACAGCAGCGGGAUUGUCAGCACAGCAGCAGAAGCAGCAACGGCAGCAUUACCCAUCUGCCUCUCCACUGGGUGUCUUGCAGAACUUAAAGCAUUCCUCAGAGGAGCACGGCGUUGCAUCACGUGGCCGCGGUGCUCUCGACCACACCAAGGCACACCCGCGGCCCCCGCAUGUGCUCGGCAAGCAGCCACCGCCGCUGCUGGGCACGCAGCCUUCUCCGGGGUUGGGCCAGCCCCCUCCAAAAGGGCGGGGCACAACGCUUUCGCCGGGGUUGGGCAAGCAGCCUUCCCCGGGACUGGGCAAGCACCCCCCUCCACCGGGGCUGGGCACUCGGCCUCCCCCGGGGCUAGGCAAGCAGCCAAGUGUACCGUUGCUGGACACGCCGCCAUACGCAGCAGCAACAGCAGCAAGACCAGACGGUGGACAUACGGCGCCGCCACCGCCGCUCCACGUGAAUUCAUCGGGGGGCCAUCGGCAAGCAGGUCAGUUUGCAGCCAGCAGCCACUGUUCCAGCAAGUGGCAAACUCCUGCAGUGCUGACAUCUGUGCCAGCUACUCAGGAUACGUCGUCACUGGGUCUCAGGCAGAGCGAACCAUUGCCUUUACCACGCGAGGCUAGUAAUCAAAUGCCGCUCGACCUACCUCCAAUUGCAGAAGGAAGGAGCAUCAGGGCAGUCAGGAUUCCAACUGCGGAAUGUGAGAACACAAAGCCAGUCCAGGCUCCAACUGGUAAACGGGGCCCUGGCCCCGUCGCCCCUGUAGCCCUGACCGACGAGCAGCUGGACCAGGCCCGGAUACUGCUCUUUUACCAGUCGCCAAACCUGGCGGUAGCACUGCAACAGAAGCGGUUCGUGGGCGGCUUAACCGGGCUCCUGGCAGACUCGCUCCAAUUGGAAUGCCUGGACAGUGAGUUUGCGGAGCUGCUGCUGCGUGAGACCAACACGACUCCGUGCGUGGAGGUCGACCCCAGUGAAACUAGCCCAGGAGAAAAGUGCACUGUACGGGUCAUGGUGGGGGGCAGGUGUUAUGGUCAGUCUCAUGGCUUUUUGAUGCUAGCACGCCUUGAAGCAAUAUUAGAUGCUGCCGCUCAUCUAGCGCUGAAACACUGAUUGCAGUGCAAAUUUUAUGUGCUUUCCAGGUAGCCCAAACCCUGGGCGCUUGGUCGAGCUUACGUCAGUGUCAUCUCUCUCUCU